AUGGACGCGAAUGCUCCACCCUGGUCCCCCGAGGCAACUCAGGUCCGGUUGGACUAUGAGACAUUGAGGCAGAAGACCUUACAAGCACUCGGGAUCGUUCCCUCCAGCAAGAUGAUCCAGCUGGGACCUCGUGCUAACCCCGCAGGUGCAGCGACCGGCAACAAGGACGACGCGAACGACGGCGACUGCGAUGACGAGUCGGUCGCUUCGACCGAACCGGAGGCUACCGGAGGGCUCCGGAGGGCCGCGACAGGCCGCGACACUGGGGAAGAAACGUUGACGCGUGCGACCGUGGGCUCAACAAAAGAGACGCGGACGACGACGGCGGCGCCCGUUUCGACCCCGACCUCUCCUUCGCCUUCUGCUUCUGCUCCGGCUUCGCCUUUGUCCGGUGGCACGUCGGGGGAUCAUCGGCAACCUCGACAACCUCGACAGCCUCGACGAGUCCUCGACGCCUUUGUUCGAGCUCGGCACCCAGCAACCGACGUGUCACCCGGGCGGGAUCCGCCAUGAUCCUCGGUGCAUCAGGGGGUGACGGCUCAGGGGUCGACAGCUCAGGGGGUCAUAGGUCCGAGGUGACCGAACUCGAGGGGGACGGCGCUGAUCUGAUUUCAUCAUGAUUGAGUCUCUCGCCGUGUUGAAGUUCAAGGUCUGAUCGAUCAAGAACGCAGUCAAUCAAGUCAAAAUCAUCCGUUAUCUCAAAACCCUUCGGCCGGCCCCUGCGGCCAUCCUCCUGCAAGAGCACCACCUCAGCUACAAGGCGUCGCGCGAAGGCCUCGAGAGUGCUUGGCCAGGGGCUUGUAUUCGUUUCUCUCCUCAUGUCCUUACCCUCAUACCCGAUGGCUCACCUUUGGCGGGCCAUCUCCUUUCCUCUACCCCGGUCGUCUUUGCAGGAGCUCCUCGUUUCGACGGUCGGAUUCUGCGCUCGGUGUUCCGUCUAGAGGAGCUCGAUGCCGAGAUCAUCAACAUGUACGCGCCGGUGCAGGAGGACGAUCGUCGCGACUUUUUCGAGCUUCUGCACUUCAACGCCCCGAGACCCAAGACUCUUCGGAUCUUGGCCGACGAUCUCAACGAUUGUCCGAGUGUCCAUCACUGAGCGCGCUUGGACUCCUGUAUCGCACUGGCAGACCUUGCUGUCAAAAAUCGCGUUCAAGGCACUCGACACGGUCCGACAUGUCCAUCCAAGUUGCACCCCGCAUUCACUCGUUCUCACUACCGUGGUAGAGGGGAAGAACGAAAGAAUUGCUCGCGGUCGCGGAUCGACUCUAUUCUUGUCCAAUGCAGUUUGGCCAACCGGUUGUUGAGCGCUUCAAAGCUCUUCGACGCGCCCUGUUCGGACCACAGACCUGUCGUUGCAGACCUAUUGUCAAUGGGUUCCCCACGGACUUGGUGCGGUCGCUGUGUGGUCUCGGUCAGGGGGACCCCCUCUCGUGCCCGGUUUGGAACAUCACAUUCCACCCCUAAGUUCCUCGACGCCCUCGUUCGGCGCGGGAUCUCGACCUUCAGAAGGUUUGGCCAGGGGGCCCGCGUUUACGCGUCGUGCGUUCGCCGACGAUGCUGUGGUGGUGGUUGAAUCACCGGCUGCAUUGUCGAAGCUGCGGACGCCGUCGCAGACGUGGUACGCGGCAACCAAUGGGAAGACCAACACGGACAAGACGCUGGUGCUACCACUCGGACCGAACUGGCUUCGGGACGAGACUGCUCAGGUGCUGCCAACGGUGCGUAGGGGGAGAACUUCAAGUGGUGCGGCUAUGCCUUCUUUCGCCACGGUGACUCGAAACUGUUUUGGACCCAUGUUCUUAACAGGAUCCAGGCCAGAACCCGCGCCGCUGGACACCCGACGCUUUCUCCGAGUGGGAGGGUCUUCUACGCGAACGCUCGUAUCACCUCGACGAUCAUGCACGUAGUUUCCUUCGACCCACCGCCUCGAUGGUUCAUUAAGUUGGGCGGCGGAGACGGCGCUUACGGACUUUGUCUGGGGUGGACCUCGCAGGAACACCGUCGCUCGGGAUUUCGUGUUCCAGACUCGGGAGCACCGUGGCUUGGGUUUGAUUUCAAUUGACGACAUCGUUCACUCGGUGGCGCUUCGAUUUUGGGAUGCUGUGGCGGGCUCGGACGAGGCGAUCUUGGCGCCGCUGCCUCGCGAGAGCUGGAGGUCGCUCGUCGCUGCGACCCGCGAUCUCAGUCGGUGGGGGUUCUUUGUCAUUUGUAUAUGGUCAUAUGGGUUGUCCCGUCCUUCAUCUGAUUAUUGUUCCUAUUAUUGUAAUUGGGAUUGAGCCUAGCGGCGUGUCAUUCUCCCCUUAGUCACUCAAUCUCCCUACUUUACUAGUCUCUAAUCUCUCUCCUUAUUAGCUGUACGCUUCACUUUCUAGCCUUCCGCGAGUCUGUCCCUUAGUCUCUGGCCACUCUGUUCUCGUCCCUGUUCAUUGGACUGAGUCGUGGUCAUCAUCAGUUACCACUCGAGAACAUUUCUGCGACAUUCUUCAGCACUGCGGCUCGGCUCGAGAAGCUGUACCGCGACUCGACGCGCUGUGGGGCAUUCGUUAAAGCGGCCAGUGUCACAGUUCCAACGAUCAAGUCCGAACUCCAAACGCUUCCCGAAUUAUUCUCGCUUCCGCCACGCCUCCCUUCACUCUACCGAUGACGUUCGUUACGCGUAUGAGGAUGAGGACGCAGUGGAAAAGUGGGCGCAGAUCGCGGACUUGUACUGGAGGGACAAUAACAGCGGAUGGGCUCUGUUUGGUCAUCGAAGCGGGUUCUGGAAGCACUCUAAGGAACCCGCCCUACAGCACGAGCACUUGUGGUCGCGCGUGGGUCAGUUGCUCAAGGCGAAAGCCUUGCUCGGAUACCUCUCAAGGAGGCUCCCCGUCCUCGGUGCUUCAACUUCUUUGGGCUCUCCCGACCUUUUACAAUUCGCAAGCGCUUGUGAAAAAGGUGCCGUUCCCAGGGAGGGAGGAUCGUGUCAAGCGUUUCCCUCUUUGGACUUCUUAGAGCGACACGCAGCGCUUCUGGAGAUGGCUCCACGACGGGUUCGCUUCGGUGGCGGAGCAGGACACCCACUGGCCGCUCAUGUACGAUGUGACAUCGACGCGCAAGCUGCAGCACAUUCAGGGCCAUGCUUCAUCGCCGUCGUGUCUGUUCUGUGGCAAUGAUUCAGCGGUCAUCGCGACGGUGUCGCACUACUUUUUCGAGUGCGCGUACUCGACCAGCUUCUGGGGCGGGGUGCUGCGUAUUCUGUUCGACAAGCUCAGCAUCGAGGAUACCGACGUCGAUCCGUCGACGUUCACUCCGGAGCAGCUGACUAUGGGGUUUCCCCUUUUGCGGGUUUGUGGGAGAACGACCUCGAAUUGGAUGUGGGUUCGGCUGGCCUGCGCGAUCGGCUUCCAGCGGCUGCACCUGCUCCGCUGGCGCGUUCAUCAGCGGUUCGAGCUGGACAACGUCGUGGCCCCGUCCUCGCUCCCCAGUGCGCUCAGAGCGUUCGAGCGAGAUUUUCUCUCUCGAGCGGGUUUUGUGCCUGGGGCUCGAGAUUGGGAGGUGUGA